UUUUCAGGCUGGAAAAUACGCAAAUAAAAUCUGCAGGAAUGAAAAUCACUUUGGUCUUUGCGUGUUUGCCGUUUAUCCGAGUUAUGAAGUAAUUGUUUUUUAAAAUUGUUUUCUUUUAAAAUUUAUUGUGCGUAGCUCAACUGUGUGCGCGCAAAUGGCGAAGAACAAGCUGAGCGGAGUGGCGAAGAAGCAGAAACUGCAGACCGAACCGCGUCGCUCCGAUCGCGCUCGUCUGCCGCCGUUGCCAGCCGAUCAGCGCGCAGUAUAUCUGGAUGAUGGCCAGGGGAAUCUGCGAUUUGCGGGAGUGGAGACGUACGACGGUAAAGCCGUGAGCUUCGAAGCACAUCAAGACGGGACGUACUCGUCGCAGUCCUCCCUGAAUAAUGGCUCCUCUUCGUCCAAAACGGCACUCAUGACGAACGGGAAGAGCAGGAAAUUUCACAGCGAUAAUUUCGCGCUGGAUACCGUGCCCAAGAAGAGCAAGGGCCGACCGCGCAAAGACCAGACGGCUGUGAAAAAAAUCGUGGAUGAAAAUAUUCGACAGGGGAUGCGAGCGGAAACCGUUGCAGGCGUCAUUCUCACGAAAGCCGGAAAUGCAGGGAAACAGGAUGGGAAGCGUGUGGAAUCCAAAACGGCGCAGGUGGUCCGCAAAGUGAAGUCGCACUGUCGCGCUGAAACGGGACAGUUUGCACGCGCGCCGAAUGCCAGCCAGGGAAAGAAAGAGGAAUUUCGGGAUGCUGCGAAGACUACUCCCAAGAAGAGAGCCGGCACGGAGGUGAUUCCGGUGUUUGAUGCGGAGAAGCUGCGGGCGCAUGUGGAAGGGCGAGCCGCCAAAGCCUUGGCGCUGACGGCGUUGUGCACCAUCGGCCGCAAUCCGGUCCGUCCGCGGAUCCCUAAGAAGCCCACGGACCGCUCGCACAGCGCGAAACCAACCAAGCCACCCAUCGUCAGCGUUCGCGCGGAUACGCCGAUUCCGGAAGUGCGCGGUUCGGUCGCUGAGAAUCCUCCGGCGACAAAGAAAGUGGAGAAAGUGGCGAAGCCGCAACCGGAAACCAAACAUCGGGAUGUGACGAAGAAGCGGAAGGAAAAACCGGAUAGUGCCCAGCGUCUGAAAAAGACCAAAAAAGAUCGGAAAAAAACCAAAUCUCCCGCAAAGUCGCACUGCCUGGUGGAGCAGACGGCUGAUGACGCUGUUGAUAUCAAUUUGGUCUCUUUUGUUGCCAAUGAGCCGAGCGGUGAGGCGUACUACACCGCCGCGGGCGAACUGGCCCGUCCCACGGAUAAAGUGCAGUAUUGCAAAUUAAUCAAGAUGGCCGCCUCCGAAUCGGGCAUUGUGCUGGUGAAGGCGGGACACCGCAAGGGAGGCACCAACUGCUCGACGGAUGCGCACAUGAUGAUGUUUGUCCACGCUGGCGAGGCGAUGGUGCAUACGGCGGAGAAUAUCGUGGGGGAUUUGUCCAGUUUUCUGGUGAAGAAGGCCGGCGUCUUCACCGUUGCGCCAGGGCGUUGGUACGACGUGGAGGCCGUUGGCGGGGAGAAUCUGGAGUUGUUCUGGGUGCGCGUGGGCAAGAUGACGGCGCCGUUGGCCUGACCACCGUUGCCUGGACUCAUUUUUUUGUUAUGAUAGAAUUCUGGAGACAAUCUCGCUGAUUUUUCUGUUGAUGGUUUGGGAACAUUCUGUCGUUUGAUUGCACGUGCAUUGCUGUUGAAUUGGACUUGAUCUUAUUUUUUUACCGGGAAGACGGGACUUCGCGCGAUGUGAAUUUGAUAUGGCAUACGUAUUGCGUUUCAGGCUGGUGCUUUUUUCCCUUUGUUACUGGUUUUGUUCAUUGCAUUUUUGUUUUCCGUGGAGAUCCCGUCGUUUCUUACGUGAUAAUGCUCACUAUUAAAAAUCAACC